GGUCUCCAACAGUUGUCACACAAACUAUCCCACAUAGUACGCUUCUCUCCGUAACAAGCAACUAACGCAUCAUGAAGUCAGGCGUCGUGUUUCUGCUGUUGGUCGCGGCUGUCAAUGGUCUGCCUGCUGACUCCCCGGAAGACAAUGGCUCGGAGGAGGAGGGACUGGCCAGAUGCGGGCGUGGCCUUGUGUACAACGCUCAGACAAACGAAUGUGAAGAGAGUGUCAGCGUGCAGUUGAAGAAAAGAGAUUGCCCAGCUGGUUCCGUAUGGCAAUCUGAGUUACAGUCAUGCGUGGAUCCAAAGACAGGUGAAGUAGUCAGUGACAGCAGCGGUAGUCGUGUUAGCAGCGGCUCCAAGCAGAAUAAUCAAGAAAAUGAGCCUGCCUCACCCACAGUUGAGGAUAUCAAAGAGCAAAAGAAGAAGUGUAAGGCGAAUGGUGGCUUUUGGAACGACAACAUUUCGGCGUGUUUUGAUAUAUAACUCAAUACAAGAGUAAACACACACACGCGCGCGCGAAAGGAGGAAAUCAGCUAUUAGGUCCUUAUGUGGUUCAUAUGGUUCAGAACCACUAUUGUUCAUCAAGGGACAUUCAUCAGCACUUCUUCAAUGAUUCAUGACUGGUUCUUCAGCCCGAUUCAUGACUGGUUCUUCAGCCCGGUUUAUGACUGGUUCUUCAGCUCGGUUCAUGUUAUAAGUAAUUUAAUCGUUGUCUCUUAAAUAACUAAAAAAUAUAUAUAUUUCACUAAUAUUCAUUAUAAGUAAAUCGAAAAAAAUUGUCGUUUUCCUGUUGAAAAUUUCUACCAAAAUAUAUUUAUAUAUUUUUUUCGUUUUA